UUGCACAGUAUAUAUGAUGAUGAUGAUGAUGAUGAUGAUGAUGAUGAUGAUGAUGAUGAUGAUGAUGAUGAUGAUGAUGAUGAUGAUGAUGAUGAUGAUGAUGAUGAUGAUGAUGAUGAUGAUGAUGAUGAUGAUGAUGAUGAUGAUGAUGAUGAUGAUGAUGAUGAUGAUGAUGAUGAUGAUGAUGAUGAUGAUGAUGAUGAUGAUGAUGAUGAUGAUGAUGAUGAUGAUGAUGAUGAUGAUGAUGAUGAUGAUGAUGAUGAUGAUGAUGAUGAUGAUGAUGAUGAUGAUGAUGAUGAUGAUGAUGAUGAUGAUGAUGAUGAUGAUGAUGAUGAUGAUGAUGAUGAUGAUGAUGAUGAUGAUGAUGAUGAUGAUGAUGAUGAUGAUGAUGAUGAUGAUGAUGAUGAUGAUGAUGAUGAUGAUGAUGAUGAUGAUGAUGAUGAUGAUGAUGAUGAUGAUGAUGAUGAUGAUGAUGAUGAUGAUGAUGAUGAUGAUGAUGAUGAUGAUGAUGAUGAUGAUGAUGAUGAUGAUGAUGAUGAUGAUGAUGAUGAUGAUGAUGAUGAUGAUGAUGAUGAUGAUGAUGAUGAUGAUGAUGAUGAUGAUGAUGAUGAUGAUGAUGAUGAUGAUGAUGAUGAUGAUGAUGAUGAUGAUGAUGAUGAUGAUGAUGAUGAUGAUGAUGAUGAUGAUGAUGAUGAUGAUGAUGAUGAUGAUGAUGAUGAUGAUGAUGAUGAUGAUGAUGAUGAUGAUGAUGAUGAUGAUGAUGAUGAUGAUGAUGAUGAUGAUGAUGAUGAUGAUGAUGAUGAUGAUGAUGAUGAUGAUGAUGAUGAUGAUGAUGAUGAUGAUGAUGAUGAUGAUGAUGAUGAUGAUGAUGAUGAUGAUGAUGAUGAUGAUGAUGAUGAUGAUGAUGAUGAUGAUGAUGAUGAUGAUGAUGAUGAUGAUGAUGAUGAUGAUGAUGAUGAUGAUGAUGAUUAA